CGAUGAGUGAAGACACUGGAGGAGAAAGAUGACAGUAGGAUUUAUCUAUCGUCCCAUUGGAAACUGCCCUUAACACCAGUCGUCGUUCGCUGUCAAGAGGCCACGUGGACGGGCCUUUACUUCGCCGGUAAAACUGAAGAGGAUAACAGAUUAGCCUAAAGGAGACGGAAAGAAGAGUAUCUGUAUCUGCUCACUCACCGGAGGAUCAGGAUUAUACAAAUACGAAUACAUGCAAGAUAGAAGGCGGGGUGAAUUCUAGAUCUGUUCAGAAUUCGCAGAAAAUUAAAAUCAGCCGAUGCAGGUCUCGUGAGAUUUUGAUGGAUGUUUCCAGUUUGAAAUACAUUGGAACCUUGGUCAGCCGCAACUUAAUCAGCGUGCUAUUUCCCACAUUCACAGUGGUUACGAUCUUUGCGGAUUUGAGACGAACGGCUCGCUGGAAGCAGCAACUUGCUGAGCAAGAGGCGCACUAAGACUGCAGUAUAAAUCUAUCGUAAAACAUGUGGAAGUAUUAUUGGACGCUCAUCUUCCCUAUUACGGGCUUCCUAAUCGGACAUAAAAUAGACCAACUGGAGACAGAACGUAUGACGAUGUUCAGGGACAAAUCAGCAUUGUACGGCAGAGAAUUGAAACCUGGGGAGCCACCCUCUUGGCCAUAUUAAUUUCAUGUUUAUUAUGCAUCGUUAAACUUUAAGAAAUUGCAGAAUCAAUUAGUGUUUCAAAGUGUAAACUAACAAUAAUAAAUAUACUAUUUAAUGAAACUCACAUAAAAGUCAUAAGGUGACAAAUGUAUCUCGCUAUACAUUAUUUAAAUCAUGACACAAUAUAUAGUUACUAAUGUUUAUUUAAUUUUUCUUUCUUUAUUGAUAACAGUGUAUAGAUAUUAUUAGAUAAAAGUAUAAAAAAUAUUACAAUAGCUGAUGCUUGACGAUUAUCAUGCAUGUGGUUGUGUAGUAAAUUAAUUGCAAAUACAGCAUUACUUUAAUAAAAAUUUGAUAUAUAUGUCAAACUUAUGACUAACUAUAUACAUUUAAUUACAUUAUAAAUAUUAAAUUAGGAUUCUAUAUACAAAUUUCUAGAGAUCUUUGUUGAUUUUAAAAUGAAUAACAGAGAACUAGACUUCUUGACUGGUUCUAGAUUAAAUGAACCCUAAUUUUAUGCGCUACUAUAUUAAUGAUAGUACCGUAAGCGUGUUAUCGAAAUAUAGUGAAUAAUUUAUUCUUCA